AUGAGCCAACAGAUUAGCCUCUGCGUUCAGGAUGCUGCCAGCACAAGCCAGUCAGGGACAGAUGGAGCGGAUGCACACACCAAGAUGUCAUGUCCAGAAGAUGCUGACAUCAGGAUGCUGCCAGCACAAGCCAGCCAGGGUAGGACGGAAACCGAUGCGCGCACCAAGCUGUCGUGUCCAGAAGAUGCGGACAUCAGGUACCAUGUACAAGCAGCCCAGGUGAUCCAUACAUACUCCAAGCUUCAACCAAGAGAUUUGGAAGAUCAUGUAGCUCAAUUGAAACUGGUUCAUGAAGAUCACAAUGUCUUCUUUAGGAAGCAGUCUUUUAGGGAAUCUGUCCUGCUGGUUCAUCAGACAGUGGAGCAGCAACAAACCAUAGCAAGCUACCCUACUGAGAAGUACUUCCUAGAUUCUACAUGUAAAACUACUGAAGGAGCUCUUCCCCUAAUCCUUCUCUCCGUCCAAGCCAAUGGCAGUCACCAGAUUGUAGGGUCAGCCAUCCUGCAGGAGAAGUCUUCUCGGCUGAUGCAAGAGGCCUUGGAGAUCUUCAAGUCUUGGAACCCCACGUGGAAGCCUGUCAGCUUCACCGCUGAAUUUGAAGAGGAAGAUAUAGAAGGUGUCAAGAAGGCUUUUCAUGGAGUGCCCAUUCUCCUUUGUGACUACCACCGCGUGUCUGCAUGGAGCAAGUGGAUAACGGAGACAAGGAAUUUCAUCAUCGGUAGCAAGGGCGCCCUCUUGUCCAUCCUUGAAGCUUUGUCAAACGCCAGCACGAAAGAGAUGUAUCACAAGCUCCUGGAGCAGUUACAGGAUAGCAGUUAUUGGAAGGAGGAUGAGAGAUUAUGCAAGUGGUUUGGGAGUCGAUGGCUGCCUUGCUGCGAGGUAAGUUUGUUUUGUUAGCAGUUAUUGGAAGGAGGAUGAGAGAUUAUGCAA